AUGCAGCUCGUGAGCUCCAUUGCUGGUGAGAAGUUUUGGUCGGUCGCGGCGACGGAAGAAUCUGCCAUCUUCACCAACAAAUCGGACGGUCUGGACGAAUUCCUGCUCAACGGUGGCUCUUGUGAUUUUGGAGAUGAUAUGCCUACUUGCUUCAACAAGCUUGUUCAAGGACAGGUGGGGAAUGGCGGUCUUAAUUCUUUCCUGAAACCGUCUGGUCUUACUAAACUCGCUUUCCGAUCCCACCCACGUGAGACUAGCGACAUUUGUAACGACGUGCACAAGGAGAGAUACCCUCCUAGAGGCAAUAUUGUUUCGGACACCGUCGCGAUUCUCGACUCUGACUAUCCCUCAACCUCUCCGGUUCCCGAAAACUAUGACCGGAUGGACGAGUGGUAUGCGUACAAGACGGAUCCUGCUAAUGACCCCGCCUUUAAAAGAUUUCGCAAAGGUGGAAGAACCUACAUCGACGAAUUCACUCCGUCACCAGAGCUUCAACACAUGUCUCCCAUGUAA